CGAAGAAGCAACACGUCCAGCCUCAACACCACCGCCGCCCGCACCAUAGCGCAUUAGCUCCCCUCUCAUAGCAUCACCCUCUGCGGAGCUCCGCCGCUAUGUCGCUCGAUCCACCGGCAUACCUCUUCACCAUCCAGGCCAACAUUCGCACCCGGCCAAUAUCAUGGGAGGGCGCAAUGCGGGCCAAGACCAUCACGGACGCAGACCUGCAGAAGAUCAAAUCCAUUGACAAGGUGCGAAAAGAAGAGCGGAAACAAAGGAUCGAGGGCGACGUGCAGAGUUUCGUGACGCUGUUGGUGGGUGGGAACGAGUCACAGAGCAUCUUUGAGGCUGCAUCCAAGCGCCAGGACAUCGUGCAGUACAUGCUGGUAUUGAUGGAGGAUCUCAUUAAUGAUAUACCCAGCCUCACAGCAGCUCUUGCACAGCACCCAGAGCCCUUCAAGCCUUUCCUACCAUUACUGAAGGCUUCACCGAACCCCGAAGACCCUAUCCCGCUGCUCGCAUCCUCGGUCCUCUCCAAGUUCCUUGCCUACACCCUCACACACCCUAUCAAGAACGUGUCCCAGAUCGACGAAGCUCUACCCCAGCUCUACAAGUAUCUCUCGGCGCUUGCCGUGAGCUCCGAUGCGGGUCUGCAGGACAUUGCGGUGCAGGAAUACUCGGCUGUUUUGCGGACCAAGAAGGCGAGACAGUUGUUCUGGAAGCAAAGGAAAGAGACAUUGGAUCCCCUCUUCGACAUUCUCCGCGCCGCAUCCGGCGCAAGCAAGGACCAGGACUCAACGCUUUGGAGUGGGGGAGGUAGUAUCCGCAGCGUGCCUGAAGGUCUUACUGGAGGUGUUGGCCUGCAGCUUCUUUACCAUGUGCUACUAGUGGUUUGGCAACUGAGCUUUGAGGGCGAGCUUGUGGGAGACGGUCUGCAAGAUGAGCACGACAUAGUAAUUCUCUACACCCACCUCCUGCGUCUGUCGCCGAAGGAGAAGACCACCCGCCUUCUCCUCUCAACCCUUCUAAACCUCCUCACUAGCAACCGCCAAACGCUCCUACCCGCCGCCGUCCUCGCCCGUCUUCCCUCCCUCCUUGGAAGCCUGAAAUCGCGCCACUUAGCCGAUCAGGAUGCCCUUGAAGAUCUUCAAGCCCUCACCGAGCUGCUAGAGGACUACACAAAUACACAAACGACCUUUGACGAGUACGCUGCAGAAGUACACUCCGGUCACCUCCGCUGGUCCCCGCCACACCGCAACCAGACCUUCUGGCGCGAAAACGCACGUCGUAUCCUCGAAGAGAACAAGGGCGAACUACCCCGCAAGCUCGCCGAGAUCCUAUCCAAGAGCUGGGAUAACGACAAGCAAGUGCUGGCUAUUGGCUGCAAUGACGUGGCAUGCCUGGUCAAGGAGGUGCCGGAGAAGAGAUACCAACUUGAGAAGCUGGGGCUGAAGGGCCGGGUCAUGGAGCUCAUGCAGGAGGCGGAUGAGAGCGUGAGGUGGGAGAGCUUGAGGGCUGUGGGCGAGUGGCUGAGGUACAGCUUCGAGUCGAAGAGCGACCUGCCUAUGCGAUAGGCAACGUCGCCCCAACUCAAAAUUCGAGGAGCGAUUGAGCCUGCCGUGAGCUUGUAUGUGUGUAUCUCUUUCCAGCUGUUAGCAUGAGCCUGUAUGUCCCGCCCUUGCGGUUGUAUUUCCCCGACAUAGAGAGAGGGCUUUCGAUAUAUGGUGAAUAGGAGAAUCUAGUACAUGACCAGAAUCGUUCGCUGAGCGUGCAAAUAGCGCACGAGGUAGAAAUGGCCUGGGGGUCCCUUAGGGUACUAAACAAGAUGCAAUUCUUCCCAAGCAUUUGGCAUCCUGAAGCGCCCCAGC